CUGAGAGCCCUCUGCCUUUCUGAAGCCAGCUCUGCAUUCAGGUCCUAGGUAGGUCUCAGUCAAGAAGCCACGAGGCACUUGACUUCUGCUGCCUGACUUUGCCUUUGUAUAUAAUCUUCCCUGUCUGAUCUCUGACCAGGAACCUGCCUCCCGUUGAAGCCUGGCUCCCUGACCGGCUUCCUGGCAAGGCUCCCCAUCACAUCGCAAGUAUCCUAUGGCACCAUCCCCAGCUUUACCAUUGGGUCACAGUUACUCAGCAGUCAGACCUCCCCCAAAGGGACCCAGGAAUGCUGCCUUCAGCCUCACCAUCAGGACCUAUAUGUUCUGUCUCCCUGCCCCCAGCUCCUGUUCAGAAGUUCAGUUGUCCUGCCCACAAGACAGGCUCUUUUUAAAGACCCAGGAGUCCUGCUUCCUUGCCCCAGGAUAUACCUAGGACCCAGGCACCAAAGGUUCUUCCUGGCCUCUCUUAACUGGACCUGUGGCUCUCCUGCUGGCUUCCUAUCAGAUUCCAGGGACCCAGAUAAGCAGCCUCCAAACUAAAUCUCCAAAAGGACAUCCCAGGAGUCCUCCCCAGCUCCUUGUUAGACCCCGGGUCACAGUUGUCCUGCUUUCCCAGCUCAGCUGUCCUCCUGGAACCCUUCGGUCACCCAGAUGUCCCCUCUUGCCUCCUCCAGCUUUGUUACAGUGUCCUGCCUCUCAGACCCUUCCUUCCCCCAGCCUCCUGCUUUCCUGCCCCCACUUUUUUCAGAGCCUGCAGGGCCCCUGCCAGUCCUCUGAACACUGAACAGGAUUCUUUCUCCUAUUGCUGGCAGCACCAUCCCAUAGCCCUCCUUAUCCUCAGCCUUCUCUAGCUACCCUCCUUCCUAGAUCAAGCAGUGAGUCUGUUGUCCUGAUUUUGUGUGUGUGUGUGUGUGUGUGUGUGUGUGUGUGUGUGUGUGUGUAGGGAGAGCUCUGACCAAGGGUCCCUUGAAGCUCUGACUCCUCUCAUCCCAUCUGGGAUGUUAAAGCCCCCUCUGCCUCCUGGGUCCCUGUAGAAAGAUGGGGCAGGAGAGAAGGAGGAAGAGAAGGAGGGAAGGAAUCUUCCUGUCCAGACCAUCUUCAUUUCCAAACCUGACCUCCCUGUUGGAGUCGCUGCCCUGAGGGCAGGGCCAGGGUCUUUGUAACUCCUGUGGGAACUCACUCUCUGUAAAUCCCUGUAGGUCACCCUCUGCCUAGGAAGAGAAGAGAAAGACAUCUCCCCCUCUGGGAUCCUUCUCCCUCCACAGCUGAGCCUGCGGAGGACUGAGGCCUGGCCCAGGCAGGGAGCCUGGAGCCAGAGGGAAUGGCCCCUGGGAGCCACGGACCCCCAGCCCAGGAGCUGGUGACAUUCAAGGAUGUGGUUGUGGACUUCACUAAGGAGGAGUGGGGCCUCUUGGACCAUUCUCAGAAAGAGCUGUACAAGGAGGUUAUGGAGGAGAACGCCUGCAACCUGCUCUCCCUGGGACUGCCAGUUCCAAGAGAAGGUUUGAUAUCCCAUUUGGGGCAAGGGGAAGCACUGUGGAUGCUGGAGCGAAAAGACUCCAGAACCUCAUGUGCAGGUGGAAAGAUGAGGCUUGAAUUGCAGGAGACUACUGCCAAGCCGGGCAUUUCUGUGGAACAGUCACCGCAGCAGAGAUUCAUGAAUGAUGGUCACUGUAACCACAGUUUGAGAGAAAUCUGUGACUCUGAUAUCAAGACAGAGAAAAAACAACAGUGUUACUGUGAACUUGAUAAAGAUGGAAAGAGUUGCAGGCACUAUUCAAUCCUAAUUCACUGUAAGAAAAGGACCUCAGGGAAUGGCUGUUCUCAGGAUAGUAAAAGUAGGAAAGACUUUACUGAGCACGUGGAGCUUGUUGAGUCUCAUGAGAAGCCUCCUGAAGUGCAAACUUAUCAAUGUAAUCAGUGUGAGAUGGCCUUCAGCUUGAAUUCAGACCUAAUGAGACAUCAGAAAAGUCACACUGGAGAAAUGCUUUACAUAUGUAAUGAAAGUGAGAAGGCCUUCAGCCAUAAUUCAAAGCUCAUUCAGCACCAGAAAAUUCACAGUGGAAAGAAAGAUUAUGGAUGUGAUGAAUGUGGUAGAGCUUUUGAGGGACAAUCAUCGCUUAUCCAUCAUCAGAAAUUUCAUUCUAGUGAAAAGCUACAUAAAUGUAUGCAAUGUGGAAAAGUCUUUGGGCAACAGUCAUCCCUUAUUUCACACCAGAGAAUUCAUACUAGAGACAAGUCUCAUGAGUGUCAUGAAUGUGGUAAAACUUUCAGUGAAAACUCAUCCCUUGUUGUACAUCAGAGAAUCCACACUGGAAAGAAACCUUAUGAAUGUAAUCAAUGUAAAAAGACUUUCAAACAGAGUUCUAGUCUUACUGUACAUCAGAGAAUCCAUACUGGAGAGAAACCUUAUGAGUGUAAUCAGUGUGGAAAGGCUUUCAGAUGUAGGUCUAAUCUUGCUCUACAUCAGAGAAUCCACACUGGAGAGAAACCUUGUAACUGUAUUCAAUGUGGAAAGACUUUCAGAUACAGUUCUAGUCUGGCUAAACAUCAGAGAAUACACACUGGAGAAAAACCUUAUGAAUGUUACCAAUGUGGAAAGACUUUCAGACAGAGCUCUGGUUUUGCUGAGCAUCAAAAAAUCCACACUGGAGAGAAACCAUAUGUAUGUAAUCAGUGUGGAAAGACUUUCAGAUGCAACUCCAAUCUUGCUCUACAUCGGAGAAUCCAUACUGGAGAAAAACCUUAUAAAUGCAAUCAUUGUGGAAAGACUUUCAGACAGAGCUCUGGUUUUGCUGAGCAUCAAAAAAUCCACACUGGAGAGAAACCAUAUGUAUGUAAUCAAUGUGGAAAGACUUUCAGAUGCAACUCCAAUCUUGCGCUACAUCAGAGAAUCCAUACUGGAGAAAAACCUUAUAAAUGCAAUCAUUGUGGAAAGACUUUCAGACAGAGCUCUGGUCUUGCUGAUCAUCAGAGAAUUCACACUGGAGAGAAACCUUAUGACUGUAUUCAAUGUGGAAAGGCUUUCAGAUGCAGAUCUAGUCUUGCUUUACAUCAGAGAAUCCACACUGGAGAGAAGCCUCAUGAGUGUCAUGAAUGUGGUAAAGCUUUUGUUGAACACUCCUCCCUUAUUGUACAUCAGAGAAUCCACACUGGAGAGAAACCUUAUGAAUGUAAUCAGUGUGGAAAGACUUUCACGCAGAGUUCUAGUCUUGCUCUACAUCAGAGAAUCCACAGUGGAGAGAAACCUUAUAAAUGUAAUCAGUGUGAAAAGACUUUUACAAACACAUCCAAUCUUGCUCUACAUCAGAGAGUACACACUGGAAAGAAACCUUAUGAAUGUAAUCAUUGUGGAAAGACUUUUACACAAACCUCCAAUCUUGCUGAACAUAAGAGAAUCCACACUGGAGAGAAACCUUAUGAAUGUAAUCAUUGUGGAAAGACUUUCAGAUGUAGCUCUAGUCUUGUGGACCAUGAGAGAAUUCACACUGGAGAAAAACCUUAUGAAUGUAAUCAAUGUGGAAAGGCUUUCAGAUGCAGCUCCAAUCUGGGUAAACAUCAGAAAAUCCACACUGGAGAGAAACCUUAUGACUGUAACCUAUGUGGAAAGACUUUUAGACACAGCUCCAGUCUUGCUCUACAUCAGAGAAUCCACACUGGAGAGAAACCUCAUGAAUGUCAUGAUUGUGGCAAAUCUUUUAGGGACCACUCAUCUCUUAUUGUACACCAAAGAAUCCACACUGGAGAGAAACCUUAUGAAUGUAACAUAUGUGGUAAAACCUUCCGGCAACAGUCAUCACUUAUUUCCCAUAGGAGAAUUCAUACUAGAUAGGAACCUUAUCAGUGUAAUGAAUAAGGAAAGGCAUUGAGGCAGACUAUAAAGCUUGUUAAACAUCAGAAAAUUCAUUCUGCCCAUGAGCAACCUCCUGCUUCACCACAGACCUAGUUGGACAACCCAAAUUUCCUAUUGUGCAUAAAGCCCUAUAAAUGUGGUGAAAUUUUCUCUGAAAUACUGUUGUUUUUCAGUUCUCAGUAAUAGUCCAUAUCAUUCAUAUUCAGUAACUUCAUCAGCUCUUCCCCAAUUGAUUAAUACUCACUUGUUUCCUGUUUUUUGUUGACACGAAUAAAUCUUAUAAAAAUA